GCACAAAUUUUUUUGUUUCGUUCAGUGAAGGAAAGCAAAAAUCAUCAAGCACAUAUAACCCUCCAGAUACAAGAUGUUAUUUUUCAGUUUUUUUAAGACCCUUGUGGAUCAAGAGGUUACCGUUGAGUUGAAGAACGACAUGGAGAUCAAGGGAGUCUUGAAGUCUGUUGAUCAAUACUUGAAUUUGAAGUUAGACAAUAUAUCAUGCACCAACGACGUGAAGUACCCACACUUGAACUCAGUGAAAAAUUUAUUCAUUAGAGGUUCUACUGUGCGUUAUAUCCAUUUGAACCCCAACUCCGUCGACUGCACGUUAUUGCAAGAUGCGUCCAGAAGAGGGCCAUGGUUCAAACCUCCAAGUAAAGGGUGCCCACUCGCUCAUACAAAAUUACAAUGUAUUAUAGACCGCUUGAAUAUAUAAAAAUGCUUAACAGUUUAAGCCUGUCCAU